AUGUACGAGAAGCUCGUGAUCCCAAACUGCCGCAUCCGCAUGCCAUCCCCGAUCAGGAACAAAGGGCCCCCGCUAUCCCCGUCUGUCGUGCGAGAGAGAGUACGCAGGAACGAAGAAGAGAGUCAGUCACUGCCGUCGUAUCAUUCACGCACGCUCGCCUCGCUUGCACUACUUACAGCAAGUAUCCGUCACGCCUUCAUGUGGGAAGCCCAACGACGUCGCGCACGUCUGAAACUUUUCGCGCAGGAACUCGCGCACACCGGCCCUCUCCCUCGUCGCGCACUUCGAAAAGCUCUGCGACACCAGCUUCGCCUGCUUCGCCGUCGCCGCGUUUGGACCCCGUUCGGAAGUCGUCCCAUACCCCGCGGCGACCACGUGCGCCCCCGCCUUGGGCACGUCACCCAGCAAGACAGGAUGGAACUUGUUGUCCGCCAAUGGCUUCCUCAGCUCCAACAACGCCACGUCGUGCCGCAAGUCGCGACCAGAUCCGCGCCAUCCGUGAUGCACCAUAACCCGCGAAAGCUGCAGCGGCGUUUCCGUCAUCAUCGGGUAGCCCGAGCGUGA